AUGGAUAGGGCACAAACUUUUGUAAAGGAAUGUUUACUUUCGAGAAACUUUGAUAAUCCAAAUAAACCUAUCGAAGAGGGUAGAUUGCAAGAAACAUUAUUACUUCUUCCAACAGAUGGUGGUAUAACAUCCAAUUUGAAAAAGAAUAAGAGUAAACAAAAAUUAACCAUUGAGAAUAUACAUACACAUGCGAGCAAAGACCAUGGUGAAUAUAAGCAAGAUAAUUAUAGAACAAUUAAGAAAAAUGCCAGAGUCGAGUUACAUGAUUAUAUCAAGAGAUGUAGAAAAGCUGUAGUUAAUGCCAAAAGAAGUAUUAGUGCAUAUGAACAUGAUAAUAAGAAACGUUUAGAGGGCAAAGAAAUGGUCAAAGAAUAUUUGCAAAAUAAUGAAGCACACAUAUGGGAAGCACUUCCUAAAUAUGACACUUUUUUACCGAUGUACGAAGAGCUAUGGUUAAGUUAUAUCAAAGAUCUAUUGAAUAUUAACUUUGAUAUGGAAACUUCUGAAAAGGUUAACGUAAAUGGUUCAUCUGCGUUAUUAAAACUUUCAAUGGCCGAUUACAAUGGUGCUUCACUAAAAGUAAUACGGAGUAGGAAUGCAAAUAUGAUUGGGAUUGAAGGAAUUAUAGUCUGGGAUGGACAACAAUCAUUCAUAAUGAUAUGUAAAGGUACCGAAGUCGACGAGCUGAAGAUCAUCCCAAAGAAGGGGACUGCUUUUGCGUUUGAGAUUCCACUGACCAAAGACACAGCAUUACAAUAUACCAUCAUAGGGGAUAGAUUAAACUACAGAAGUUAUGAUCGUGCUGGCAGAAAAUUUAAAAGUCGUAGAUGUGAUGAUCUACUCUAUUUAAUUAACAAAUAG